AUGGACGCGGGAGUCAAGCUGCCACGAACGACGAGUCAACAACACGUGCCGCUCGGGCACGCGACCACCGUGUCUCCCGUCAAUCCGGUCGCCCAUGAGAGGGACGAAUGCGAUCACGAGUUCAUGUCCACAUACUGGCAGUGGAGGAGGCGGAGGAGGGCUCAACACAAGGUGGAUCAUCCUUGCGUUGGGGUCGUCAACGGGGAGGAAUUGACCACUGGCAUGCAGCGGCUCAGGUCCGGAUUGCUGCGCGGCCAUGGGGCCAUGGCCAGGGUGAUCCACAAUGCCCGGGUCAACGAGUGCGUCGUUCUAGACCUCUACUCCUUCAGCACGCUGAUCCGGGGCUGCGGCCAGGUGAUCUGGAGCGUGCACGGAAGGUGUUCGAUGGUAAUGAGAGAAUCAAUCGGGCAGGAAUACCGGGAAGUCGUUGAAAGAAGGGUAUUCACUGUAACUGGUAAUCGCCUUGAUGAAGAGAUAUUGGAUACUGUUGUUGAGAUACAGGAGCGGCAUGAUGCUGUAAGAGAUCUAGAGAGGAAGCUUCUGGAGUUGCAGAAGAUAUUCCUGGAUAUGGCAGUGUUGGUUGAGGCUCAAGGAGACAUGAUCAGCCACAUAGAGACACAUGGUAGUGUUAGUACUCAACAAGUAAAAACACAAUUUGUGAUGCCGCCUCCACCGGUAGUGACAACACGAUCGCUGCAUUUGGUCUAUCCCGAGCCUCUGAUUGUGGUUGCUGUUCUUUCGAUAUCCGCUUGCCAUGAUAUUGUGGCUGGACUUCUGCAGCCAUGCCAACAACAGAGCCAGGCUUAG